AUGGUCACGUCGUCCCCCACGUCGGCUGUACCCCGGCCCCUCUCCCAACCUACGCCGCCGGGCAAUGGCAGCGAGGAGGAGCCGCUGGACGCCCGGGACCCGCUGCUAGCCCAGGCGGAGCUGGCCCUGCUCUCCACAGUCUUCGUGGCUGUGGCCCUGAGCAACGGCUUGGUGCUGGGUGCCCUAGUGCGGCGGGGCCGGCGGGGCCGCUGGGCGCCCAUGCACGUCUUCAUUGGCCAUUUGUGCCUGGCCGACCUGGCCGUGGCUCUGUUCCAAGUGCUGCCCCAGCUGGCCUGGGACGCCACUGACCGCUUCCGUGGGCCCGAUGCCCUGUGCCGGGCUGUCAAGUACCUGCAGAUGGUGGGCAUGUAUGCCUCCUCCUACAUGAUCCUGGCCAUGACGCUGGACCGCCACCGCGCCAUCUGCCGCCCCAUGCUGGCACACCGCCAUGGAGGCGGAGCUCGCUGGAACCGGCCGGUGCUGGUGGCCUGGGCCUUCUCGCUUCUCCUCAGCCUGCCCCAGCUCUUCAUCUUCGCCCAGCGCGACGUGGGAGACGGCAGCGGUGUCCUCGACUGCUGGGCCCGCUUUGCCGAGCCCUGGGGCCUCCGCGCCUACGUCACCUGGAUCGCCCUGAUGGUGUUCGUGGCACCUGCCCUGGGCAUUGCCGCCUGCCAGGUGCUCAUCUUUCGGGAGAUUCACGCCAGCCUGGUGCCGGGGCCGGCAGAGAGGGCCGGGGGGCGCCGCGGAGGGCGCCGGACGGGCAGUCCCAGCGAGGGAGCCCGGGUGUCGGCGGCCAUGGCCAAGACCGUGAGGAUGACGCUGGUGAUCGUGAUAGUGUACGUGCUGUGCUGGGCGCCCUUCUUCCUCGUGCAGCUGUGGGCAGCGUGGGACCCGGAGGCGCCUCGGGAAGGUGUGUGGCCGUGGCUCGAGCCGUGGGGGCCGCUCAGGCUUGGCUGCACACACACCUCGGCCCCUCCCCUCCCCAGCCAGCCACGGGCUCCCGAGCGGGCGCGGGCUGAUGCACUGCUGGCCGCUGGGUGGCACGUGGGUCGCGGCCUGCCCUGGGCACCCUCACCCCCAGCCCAGACCCCUGCACCUCACAGGGCCCCCCUUCGUGCUGCUCAUGUUGCUGGCCAGCCUCAACAGCUGCACCAACCCCUGGAUCUACGCUUCCUUCAGCCGCAGCGUCUCCUCCGAGCUGCGAAGCCUGCUCUGCUGCGCCCGGACGCGUGCCCCGCCCGGCCUGGGGCCCCACGAGGAGUCCUGUGCCACGGCCAGCUCCUUCCUGGCCAGGGACACCUCCUCCUGAGAAACGAGGGGCGCCUUCCUUCCAGAGGCUCCACGAAGCUCAGCCGCCUGCCCGGGGACGGGCUCCGCGAUCGCGCGGGAGUCCGGCAGUCAGCUCCUUGGCGCCGAGUGUGGGGAGGGGCUGCGGCGGUGGGCUGCAGGGUCCGGGGCUGGCGCAUGGCUUCCACCCCAACCAGCGCCUGCCCUGCCGGCUGAUGGAGGUCCCGGCG